UGUGUGUGUGUAUGUAUGUGUGUGUGUCCUUGACAGGCAGGAUAUAAACGAGCCGCUCCAAGCUUCAGAGGACAGGAGCGACCAAGAAGUAGAAGAAGAAGAAGAAGAAACAUCAAACUGUGGAUCAUGUGUCCUGCGUGGCUAUUGGUGGCCGUGGUGGUUGUGGGCGGAGCCAGAGGAGCGGCCAGCCAAUGCUGGGAGAGUCUGAGCUGCCAGGAGGUGAACAGCGAGAGCAGCAUGAUGGACUGUAUCCACGCCUGUCGCUCCGACCUGACGGCCGAGACGCCCCUGGUCCCAGGCCACGCCCACCUGUCGCCGCCCCCCGACCCCGCCGCCCCGCAGGCCAAGCGCUCCUACUCCAUGGAGCAUUUCCGCUGGGGGAAGCCGGUCGGCCGCAAACGCCGCCCCGUCAAGGUCUACACGUCCAACGGCGUGCAGGAGGAGUCGGCCGAGGCGUUCCCCGCUGAGAUGAGGAGGCGCAGCGAUGAAGAGGAGGAGGAGGAGGAAGAGCAGCUGCUGCAGGAGAAGAAGGACGGAUCCUACAAGAUGAAGCACUUCCGCUGGAGCGGGCCGCCGGCGGGGAAACGCUACGGAGGAUUCAUGAAGAGCUGGGAGGAAGGGCGGCAGAAACCGCUGGUCACGCUGCUGAAGAACAUCAUCAACAAGGAGGAGCAGAUGUAGCCAAUGAGACGCUCCGACACGCCGGGGGUUAGCCAAUGAGACGCUCCGAGGGAUUUCAUAUCCAUGGCUCCAUGUAAAUAACUGUAUUUAUUAUAUGAGUUAUUUGCAAGCAAAAGGAAA